CACAGUGAACUUUGGCAAAGCGCUCUGUGGAUGCUGACAGGAGUCGCUCCUCUCGGGCGCUGCUGGCACGCGCUGUGGAUGCGAAACAACAGCAAGGUGACUGUUUAAAGAUGUAGACAGUACGCCACUUGGAACGUAUGACCCAGAGAAUUCAGGCUUCAUCAGUACUGAGCGUUUCCGAGAUCUUCUUGCAGCUCAUGGAUCAGAACUGGACCCUCACAAGCUUGAAGUUCUUCUUGCCCUUGCUGAUGCAAAUGCAGACGGAAAGAUUUGCUACCAGGAUUUUGUUAACCUGGUGAGUUCUGCAGAUGAACUAAAGAUGAGUAACAAGCGUUCAAACAGUUUUCGUCAAGCAAUUCUGCAGGGGAGUCGACAGCUCAGGAAUUCCGCUUUGAGAGAGGAAGUGGGCUUGGGUCUGUCUCGGAGACUUGUGCGCCACGUUGCCUAUGAGACUUUGCCCAGAGAAGUGGACCGCAAAUGGUACUUUGACAGUUACACCUACUGUCCACCACCAUGGCUUAUGCUGGCCAUCACUAUAACAGAGGUCGUUGUCUUUAUGUAUUAUGGACUGCAGCUGAAUCGCUGGGUUCUGCAGGUAUCAUCGCCAUACUUCCUGAAGGGCCCAUUGCCAUACCACCCGCAGCUUAGAGCGCAAGCCUGGCGCUUCCUUAGCUACAUCUUCAUGCAUGCUGGAAUUGAACACCUGGGUCUAAACAUGGCCAUGCAGCUUUUGGUGGGUGUGCCACUUGAGAUGGUCCAUGGAGCUUUGAGAAUCGGCCUAGUGUAUGUGUGUGGCGCCCUGGCAGGCUCUUUGGCUGUUUCUGUGACGGAUAUGACAGCACCUGUGGUUGGUUCAUCAGGAGGAGUCUAUGCACUGGUUUCUGCUCACCUCGCCAAUGUUGUCAUGAACUGGUCAGGGAUGAAGUGUCAGUUCAAGCUCUUUCGCAUGGCAAUGGCUCUGGUGUGCAUGAGUGUGGAGUUUGGCCGUGCUGUCUGGCUUCGGUGCUAUCCCCCAGCCUUCCCACCAUGUCCUAACCCCAGCUUUGUGGCCCAUCUGGGGGGUGUGGCAGUGGGCCUCACACUUGGCGUUGUGGUUCUUCAAAACUAUGAACAGCGUUUGCAAGAACAGUCCUUGUUCUGGAUCUUCUUCAGUGUCUACACACUCUUUAUCCUUUGUGGAAUCUUCUGGAACAUUUUUGCUUACAAUCUCUUGGAUGUCAAGUUACCCCCGCCUCCUUGAAGCACAGAGUUUGUGUGUCUCAAAUGACUAACAAAAUAAUCUAGCUGUUGUAAAGGUCAUAAAUGACUAAACAAAUGUUAAGUACCUUACUGCAGUCCUCCUGCAAUGUUCGUGUUAGUGCCUAAACCAUGCCAAGUUCUAGCAUCGUCGAAGCGGUUCAAAAGAGCAGAUUGAGAUUUCUACGCAGUGAUGAGUGUAAAUUUGCUGGACAGGCUGAAAAGCGCUUUUGACAUCUUCAUACUUUGAGGGCUUUCAGCAAUAGCACAAAUAUUAUUUUCAAAAUAAAACUGCUGCAGGCUUGUCAACUGA